UGAACUACCUUGAUUGUCUGGUCACUCUUCAGCGGGCAGACGACCGUGCAGACGAUCAUGGCAGACGGGCGUGUUCUCCUUCUCCUCCUGGCCGUUGCUGUCCUGGCUGGAGCUACCAACCCGCCUAACAUCCUCUUCUUCGCCGCUGACGAUGUGGGGUGGAACGAUAUUGGCUGGAAUAACCCGGAUAUAAAGACACCCAACCUCGACCACUAUGCCAAGAAUGGGAUUAUCCUCAACCAGUCUUAUGUUCAGCCGUUAUGCUCGCCAUCUCGCAGCGCCUGGUUGUCCGGGAGGUUCCCCUAUCAUACUGGCAUGCAGCAUUUGGUGAUAUUGCCGGCACAGCCAUACGGACUACCCCUCAAUCUUACCACACUUCCGAAUCUAAUGAAGGAUGCGGGCUAUGCCACGCACAUGGUCGGAAAAUGGCAUCAAGGUUUUUGUAACUGGGACUACACCCCUACACAUCGUGGGUUCGAUUCCUUCUUUGGCUACUACAAUGCCCAGAUAGAUUACUACAGUCAUAAAGUUGACAUCCCUCUGUUUGGAAACGGCAUCGAUUUCAGGGACAAUGAGAAAGCUGUGACAAACCAAAAUGGAACAUAUUCAACGGGACUCUACACCAAGAGGGCCCAACAGAUCAUCACAGAACACAAUAAGACAAAGCCUCUCUUCCUCUACUUUGCCUCACAAAAUGUUCACAUGCCACUCGAGGUGCCCCAGUCAUAUAUUGAUAUGUACUCGAACAUCAAGAACAAGAACAGACGUCUAACUUCAGCAAUGGUAACGGCCAUGGAUGAUUCAUUUGGAGCUGUGGUUAACACGCUCGAAGAACAGGGGAUGAUGGACAACACCCUGAUCGUAUUCACCUCUGAUAAUGGUGGCCCUGUCUACGCCGGGGGCAACAACUGGCCCUUGCGCGGGUCGAAGGCGACAAUGUGGGAGGGAGGCACCCGGGCAGCAGCCUAUGUCUACGGGAGCAUGCUUAAGAAGGCACAGUUUUCAUACCACGGAAUGAUGCAUGCUGUAGAUUGGUUCCCAACGAUGGCAGAGAUUGCUGGGGCCAAACUACCAAUCUAUGAGCUCGAUGGAAUGAGCAUGUGGAACGCAAUACGGAACAACGCCACAUCACCCAGGACGGAGUUCGUUUAUAACAUGAACGUAAAGGGACAUAGGAGAGGCAGGGCAGCUAUUCGGGUAAAUGAUUGGAAACUUGUGGUAGGACCUGACGGUCUGUUCAGCGGGUGGUAUCCAGUUCCAACCAGUUCAUCCCACAACCCAACAGACUUUGACCUGUAUCAUGCAAUGAUGGCAUCCGAGGAGGAUGAAGAGCUAGGAACAAACGAAAUCGACUCCGUUUUCACGAUGGAACAAGAUGCUAGGGCAACAAAGUAUCAGCUGUUUAAUGUUAUAGAUGAUCCAACUGAGCACCAUGACCUGUCCAAAGAGCAACCCGACGUCCUCAAGAUGAUGAUCGGCAGGUACAGCGAGCUGGCCAAGACUGAAGUCAAGGCAAUGAACCCUAACAAUGACCCAAAGGCAAAUCCAAAAUAUUACAACGGAGUUUGGACCCCAGGAUGGUGUUAAUGUGCUGUGAACUAUUCUACUGCUCUAUAUAUCUCAUAGCAGUCCUGUGAGGGAACUUUAACCUUUUUGCUACCCUAAUUGAUCCACAGAGUGGUACACUGGACAUCUCUACAGCACCACAGCCCACAUAGCAGUACAUGCACUUUUUUACAUUUCCCUCAAUACAAUAUCUUUUUCACCCCCAGUUCCUUUAUGGACUCUUCCAGUUAAUGUAUUAGAAGAGUCCAUUCCAGAAACUGGGAUGUAAAGGUAGCCUAUUACCCGAUCUUCCAGUUAAUGUAUUAGACCUGACCAUAAAGAAAACUGGGGGUGUAUUGGACUAAGGAAGUGUCCAACAACCACAGAAGGGAAAAACUAAAGAUAAAGCUCUAUACUGUAUAAAGAUUUAUUUACAUGCUAUUUGCAUCCACCAAUGAGAAGGCUUGUACUCUAACACAGUUAGGGACAUAAACAUCAGGAAUAGGGAGAUCAGUGGCUUAGUUUUCAGAGGGCCAGGCUCAUUAACAGGGGGUCAUGAGUUUGAAUCAUGGAAUCACUCUUGUUUCAUCUCCAUAGUCUUGAGCAUGACACCCACCACUAAGUUGCUUUCCUUGACCCAGGAGUAUGAAUUUGUAAUUAACCUGCAAUGGACAAGCAUCCUUUCCUGAAGCAGUGAAACUCCCGACACUGAAUGUUACAGAAUCUGACAUAAAUUGCAAAUAAAGAUUUUCUAUACACAUCCCAAUUGUA